AUGUCAGCAUCCUCCACCACUACCGCACCUACUCGCCAGCGAAUAAGAGAACUGCUCCCGAAGGUGGAGUUUGGCAGGCACAAAACAGGAAUUAAGAACAGCUUCACCGACGUUCCCGGCGUUUUGGUGUCUACCCAAUCCAUCCAUGAGUCGUCAAAGUAUCCCCACGUGGCCCCUCAUUCCAUCAACACCGGGCUGACGACCAUCCUUACCCGGAAGGAGUGGUUUCACAAAGCAUGCCUCGCAGGGAUAUUCCGCUUCAACGGCUCUGGAGAAAUGACCGGAAGCCACUGGAUCGAAGAAACGUGUCUGCUUCACUCGCCUAUCCUGCUCACGGGAAGUUUUGGUGUCGGGUCAGCUUACAAUGGCAUUUACGAGUACGCCAUUCGCGAGCAUGCGGACCAAGAUGGAAAGGUAGAUUGGUUUCUGCUCCCAGUUGUUGCUGAGACGUUCGACGGCUUCCUACACGAUGUCACCAAGUUUGCCGUGACUCCAGAGCACGUUAUCAAGGGAAUUGACGAGGCGAGCAGUGACCCUGUGAGAGAAGGAAAUACAGGCGGUGGAACAGGAAUGAUAUGUCACUAUUUCAAAGGCGGCACCGGGUCCAGCAGUCGAGUCGUUCCUGCCCAAGGGGCAAAGGCUUAUACUAUUGGAGCUCUUGUCCAGGCAAACUACGGCAAAAUGAAGGACUUUCGAAUCGCUGGCACGCCCAUAGGGCGCUUAAUAUUCGAGGAGCAGGAGCGAAAUGCGAGAGAUAAUCCAGACGACCCCGAGAUACUUGCGCAAGCCAAUCUUCUCUUCAAGAUUGGAAAAGCAAAGGACAGAAAAGAUGGUAGCAUCAUCGUGAUUCUGGCCACUGAUGCUCCGCUUCAUCCAACGCAGCUACAACGUCUUGCCAAACGUGCUACUGUCGGCCUGGCGAGAGUAGGCGGCUGGGGAUCCAAUCCUUCUGGGGAUAUCUUUCUAGCUUUCUCGACUGGCAAUGCAUUGGAUGUUCAGACUGUGACGGCUAGCGGCACUGUAGUCGAUCCUUGGACUGCCAGACCGGUAGGCAUAGAGAUGGUGGAUGAUCAGACAAUCAACUCGCUCUUUGAAGCAACAGCUGAUGCUGUGGAAGAGGCGAUCUACAACGCGGUCUGUAUGGCAGACACUAUGAAGGGCGUCAAUGCCACAGUUGAUGCGCUGAACCUUCAGAAGGUGAAGGAGUUGAUGCAGAACGUCCCCCACUCACGUGCGUACCUAAGCGAGACCCGGCCCGAGCGAAAUUCCCACAACCUCGACUUCGAAAACGCGCGACGACGAGAACCACGACGCUCUGAGACCCCGCAAGUACUUAUCUACCCGCUGUUAUACCUACUCACUUCAUUCGCCAUGGAGAACGAACGCGGUGAGCUCGUCGACCUCUACGUGCCGCGCAAGUGCAGCGCCACUGGCCGCAUCAUCAAGGCCAAGGACCACGCCUCCGUCCAGAUCAGCAUCGGCAAGGUCGAUGAGAACGGACGCUACACCGGAGAGAACCAGACCUAUGCUCUCUGCGGCUUCGUGCGUGCCAUGGGCGAGAGCGACGACAGCCUCAACAGGCUGACCCAGAGGGAUGGCUUCCUCAAGGGUGUCUGGAGCGCGUCGCGGUAAAGAAAGUUCAACGAGUUGCGGAUGGCAGGAGUUAUGCGACAUGCUCAGCAGACAGCUGGCGUGGCUCGAAUGGAGGUUGAUUACGAGGCAGGCGAACAAUAUUCGAACACUAAAAUGGAGGAAUGGUCGUUUGGGCUGUCGGAUGGCGCCGUUUCUUCCUCGGUAUUUCCGGCGGUGUGACGAAGCCCAUGGUCAGGGCAGGAUACGGUCAAGAUGAAUAUUCUCGAAACUCAUCAAAUUCGGAAGCCGCAAGGCCAGUUCACUGGGUGCCUCAAGUUCUGUGUUUUGCUGCCCUGCUCUAUGGGCAAGAGGUCUACAAACGGCGAAUUCGACAUGAA